AUGAGAUAUACUUCUCUAUCUGGUCUGUUGAUACCGGUUUAUUUGGUCGUCAUCGUGCUUUCCAAAUUCUUCGACUGUCAGGAUAUCUGCAAAAACCCUGAAUUAGCGACAUAUGAAAAUGUGAUUUCAGAAAACGGUUCAUAUCAAUAUUCUCAUCAUUAUUACUACUUACGAACAAUACGUCACAAUCAGAAGUAUCAAGUUGUUAGUGACAGUUUUAAAAAGUUUAGUACUGAUCAG